AACAGGCGCCUACUUCGGUGGACGAUUUUCGCAUUCACUCGUUUUGGUGGCUAGAGUAGUGUGUAACUUUUGGCGUUCGAAAGCGCAGAAACAAAAAAUAAAUCGUAAACGGAGCCAGACGAACGAAUAACGGGUUCAAACAUCAGCACCUGGACCCCCUGCAUCCGGAAUAACGCCGGCCAAAACAGUUUUUGGCACCGACUAGGACGAAAAUCAGCAUUGAAAAGCUCUGCCAGCCGCGAGGUAAAAUACCUGCUGCAAAAGACCGAAAACCUCGUUUUAAAUCCCAAAGUAUUUGCCGGAAGCUGCCACAAGGAUGUCCGGAAUUGCGAUCGCGCGUCUCGGCGAGGAACGAAAAGCAUGGCGUAAAGAUCAUCCCUUUGGUUUUGUCGCUCGUCCAGUUAAGAACGCUGAUGGCACACUAAAUCUAAUGACGUGGGAAUGUGCUAUUCCCGGAAAGAAGGGUACCCCCUGGGAAGGUGGUUUGUACAAGCUGCGAAUGAUCUUCAAGGACGAUUACCCGACCAGUCCGCCAAAGUGCAAGUUCGAACCGCCGCUGUUCCACCCGAACGUGUACCCAUCCGGAACCGUGUGUCUGUCGCUGCUGGAUGAGGAGAAGGACUGGCGUCCGGCCAUCACAAUCAAGCAAAUUCUACUCGGCAUCCAGGACUUACUGAACGAACCCAACAUCAAGGAUCCGGCACAGGCUGAAGCUUACACCAUCUAUUGUCAAAACCGUUUGGAGUACGAGAAGCGAGUUCGAGCACAGGCCAGGGCUAUGGCUGCUGCGGAAUAAGAACACCGGGUCCCGCUGCUUCAAAUUCUAUCCCUCUAGUGUUAGGAAACGCUUAUUGGCAACAGCUAGACGACAACAAGUUAAACACAUCAAAAAUUCACUCUCACACACAUUUGCGGGCGCAAGAAUUAUCUGGAGUAAACAUCAUUGACUGCUGAACAAGUCCACAACUUGUGAAAAAAGAAGGAAAGAGGCACUCGGCGCUAGGCACUCAUCUUCCUUAAAGGAUGAGAAAAAUUAGAAUUGGUAUUGUCCCAUAAAUAAGUGAAUACAACAACCAUAAAUACUAUUAUUAAAUAUAAACUGAUAAUCUUUCCACUUUUCAAAACAGAACAAGAAACAAAAAAAAAACGCAGAUAAAUUUAUUCAAGCAUAGUUCUAAGAUACUUUUUUAAUUAUUUUAGACUCGAAGGAGAAACAACCUGAUAUGGAAAUAAUAAUAACAAAAAGCAAACUAAA